AACGGGCGUAGAGGGUUGUAUAACCAUUACGUCAGACAGAGUAUUAAUGCUCGGCCUCAUCGGUUUUCCCCGAUAGAACUCGUUUUGAGUGGACACCGCUGUGUUGUUAAGGGCAGUUAUUUUAUAGUCAACUGGCAUUAAAGCAAGUUCGAUAUGGCCCGUACCAAGCAGACUGCCCGUAAGUCUACCGGAGGAAAGGCGCCAAGGAAGCAGCUCGCUACCAAGGCUGCCAGGAAAAGCGCUCCGUCCACCGGAGGAGUCAAGAAGCCUCAUCGUUACAGGCCUGGAACUGUGGCUCUGAGGGAGAUCCGUCGUUACCAGAAGUCCACUGAGCUGCUCAUUCGCAAACUGCCCUUCCAGCGUCUGGUGAGAGAAAUUGCCCAGGAUUUCAAGACCGAUCUGCGCUUCCAAAGUGCUGCCAUUGGAGCUCUUCAGGAGGCCAGCGAGGCCUACCUGGUGGGUCUGUUUGAGGACACCAACCUGUGCGCCAUCCAUGCCAAGCGUGUCACCAUCAUGCCCAAAGACAUCCAGCUGGCUCGUAGGAUAAGGGGAGAGAGGGCUUAAGUGGCUGGUGGCAGCAUUGUCACAACAAAUUAUCCUAUUUAUCAUACUUAACCAUUUUGUGGACAUUUUAGUUCCUGGGUUAUUUUUAUAAGUUCUUUUUGAAUUUUGUAUUUUAGAUUGAGACAAUACAUCAACCAUUCCAUAAGCCUGAGUAUACUUUGGGUAUAACAGCAGGAGUAUCUACCUGUUCCAUCAUGGGUCAUUAGCAGUGUUUCCAUAACUGAUCUAAUUUUGGAAAGAAAUGUCAAAUUCUACAAGUUUCCUGCAUUUCACAAAUUUUUAUGCUUGUUUGUGGUGACUUUUGGUGCAUUCAAAAGUUGAUGCGCAUAAUUUCUGAUGUAGCAGACAUUUGACUUGCAGCUAUUUUCGCUUCUUGCGUGUCUUUGCAUUCAGACAUAGUGGAAUAUGGCCACUACCAGCUAACAUUAAAGAAUUGCAGCUGGCUCAAUUGAGAACAAAUCCUGAAGGCCUUCAAGUUGGCUACAGAUUUUCUUGACAAUAUGGAAACAUGGCUGUUGUACUGAAUAACAUUGCUGCACCACUCAAGUUCAUUUUGGGUAUUGGGCUCCUUCUGGGGAUGGCGUUGUCUGUGAAGCUAGGAUGAAUUCUUCCAUAGGAGGGCCAGGGUUUCUUUACCCAUCUGCCACAAAAUGCCAGCAUGUCAUGUUCAAUAGGCCUCGCUGUAGUGUCAGGGUAUUGGCUACCUCAGUUGAUCCUCUAUACUCGGUGACAAGGAGCAUGGCAGACCCUCUGUAUUUUUCUGGAUCGCUUUUUACAUGUUUUUCCAACAUAAAAUCUUGGCAGCUACAUUUAAUACUAUUUAUGAAAUGUUGUCAUGUCUUUCUAUUAAAGGUCUUUAUGAGUAGA